CCCGAGGAGUCCCGGGGAGGCGGGGUCAGGGCGGGCCGGUUCCCGGAAGCCGCUGCCUGCGAAGCCCGCCGAGCGGACCGGCGCGCCGGCCCGGAGCUCCAGCAUCCUCUCAGCCGGGAGCUCCUCCCGGAGCCGCGCACACGGCCGCCGCGCUCCCUCCCGGCCGCGCGUACCCUAGGCAAGAUGCUGCCCGUGCACACCGAGGUGAAGCCCAACCCGCUGCAGGACGCCAACCUCUGCUCGCGCCUGUUAUUCUGGUGGCUCAACCCCUUGUUUAAAACUGGUCACUCGCGGAGGUUGGAGGAAGAUGACAUGUUCUCAGUGCUUCCAGAAGAUCGCUCCAAGCACCUCGGAGAGGAACUGCAAGGGUACUGGGAUAAAGAAGUCCUGAGAGCCAAGAAGGAUGCACGGAAGCCUUCCUUAACCAAGGCGAUCAUAAAGUGUUACUGGAAAUCUUACCUGGUUUUGGGAAUUUUUACGUUAAUUGAGGAGACCACCAGAGUAGUCCAGCCUGUCCUUUUAGGGAAAUUCAUUGAGUAUUUUGAGAACUAUGACCCCAGCGACUCCGGGGCUCUGCAUACAGCUUAUGGCUACGCCGCGAUCCUGUCGGCGUGCACGCUCCUCCUGGCCGUGUUGCACCACCUGUACUUUUACCACGUGCAGUGCGCCGGGAUGAAGCUGAGAGUGGCCAUGUGCCACAUGAUUUACCAGAAGGCACUUCGUUUAAGUAAUGUGGCCAUGGGGAAGACAACCACGGGCCAAAUAGUCAACCUGCUGUCCAACGAUGUCAACAAAUUUGACCAAGUAACAAUCUUCUUGCACUUUCUGUGGGCGGGUCCGCUGCAGGCCAUUGCUGUAACCGUCCUUCUCUGGAUGGAAAUUGGCAUCUCCUGCCUAGCUGGCAUGGCUGUUCUGGUUAUUCUUCUGCCUCUGCAAAGCUGUAUUGGGAAGCUGUUCUCGUCGCUGCGGAGUAAGACCGCAGCUUUCACGGAUGCCAGGAUCAGGACCAUGAAUGAAGUCAUCACAGGCAUGAGGAUAAUAAAAAUGUACGCCUGGGAGACGUCGUUUGCCGACCUGAUUACCAAACUGAGGAAGAAGGAAAUUUCCAAGAUUCUGGGCAGCUCCUACCUCAGAGGGAUGAACAUGGCGUCAUUUUUCAUUGCGAACAAAAUCAUUCUGUUUGUGACCUUCACUACCUAUGUCUUGCUUGGCCAUGAGAUCAAAGCCAGCCACGUGUUUGUGACCAUGAGUCUGUAUAGUGCCGUUCGGCUGACCGUCACCCUCUUCUUCCCCUCGGCCAUUGAGAAAGUGUCAGAAUCAGUAAUCAGCAUUCGAAGGAUCAAGAACUUUCUGUUACUUGAUGAACUUCCACAGCGCAAAGCCCAGGAACCAUGUGACGGCAAAGCCAUUGUCCAUGUGCAAGAUUUUACUGCUUUCUGGGACAAGGCCUUAGACACUCCAACCCUGCAAGGCCUUUCCUUUACUGCCAGACCUGGUGAAUUGUUAGCUGUGAUUGGUCCAGUGGGAGCAGGCAAGUCGUCACUCUUGAGCGCGGUGCUGGGUGAAUUGCCUCCGUCCAGUGGGCUCGUCAACGUGCACGGGAAGAUCGCCUACGUUUCUCAGCAGCCCUGGGUCUUCUCGGGAACCGUGAGGAGCAAUAUUUUAUUUGGGAAGAAAUACGAGAAGGAGCGUUAUGAGAAAGUGAUCAAGGCCUGCGCUUUGAAGAAGGACCUGCAGCUUCUGGAGGAUGGGGAUCUGACUGUGAUAGGAGACCGGGGAGCCACGCUCAGCGGAGGGCAGAAAGCACGGGUGAACUUAGCACGGGCAGUCUACCAAGACGCCGACAUCUACCUCCUCGACGAUCCACUCAGCGCAGUAGAUGCAGAAGUGGGAAAACACCUCUUCCAGCUGUGCAUCUGUCAGACCCUGCACGAGAAGGUCACCAUUUUAGUGACUCAUCAGCUGCAGUACCUAAAAGCUGCCAGCCACAUCCUGAUAUUGAAAGAUGGACAAAUGGUGCAGAAGGGGACAUACACCGAGUUUCUCAAGUCCGGCGUAGAUUUCGGCUCCCUUUUAAAGAAGGAGAAUGAGGAAGGAGAGCACUCCCCAGCUUCAGGAACCCCCACCCUCAGGAAGCGGACCUUCUCCGAGUCCUCCAUUUGGUCCCAGCAAUCGUCCAGACCCUCCCUGAAAGAUGGGGCUCCGGAGGGCCAAGAUACAGAAAACACACAGGCAGCGCAGCCUGAGGAGAGCCGUUCGGAAGGGAAAAUUGGCUUCAAGGCCUACAAGAAUUACUUCACUGCGGGGGCAUCUUGGUUUUUCAUCGUUUUCCUCAUUCUGCUGAACAUGGCGGCGCAGGUUUUCUAUGUCCUUCAGGACUGGUGGCUUUCCUACUGGGCAAACCAGCAGAGUGCGCUGAAUAACACCGAGAUCGGGAAUGGAAGUGUAACCGAGACCCUAGAUCUUAACUGGUACUUAGGAAUUUACGCAGGCUUAACUGCCAUUACGGUCCUUUUUGGCAUCGCGAGAUCCCUAUUGGUCUUCUAUGUUCUUGUGAAGGCUUCCCAGACUUUGCACAACAGGAUGUUUGAGUCCAUCCUGAAAGCUCCGGUCUUGUUCUUCGAUAGGAACCCAAUAGGAAGAAUUUUAAAUCGUUUCUCCAAAGACAUCGGACAUAUGGAUGACUUGCUCCCCCUGACGUUUCUCGACUUCAUCCAGACGCUGUUACUUGUGGUGAGUGUGAUAGCUGUGGCGGCUGCAGUGAUUCCCUGGAUCCUCAUUCCCUUGGUUCCCCUCGCCAUCCUCUUCCUGAUCCUUCGGAGAUACUUCUUAGAGACGUCAAGGGACGUCAAGCGCCUGGAGUCCACAACUCGGAGUCCCGUGUUCUCCCACCUGUCAUCGUCCCUGCAGGGACUCUGGACCAUCCGGGCGUAUCGAGCGGAAGAGCGGUUCCAGGAGCUGUUCGAUGCACAUCAGGACCUGCAUUCAGAGGCUUGGUUCUUGUUUUUGACAACGUCGCGAUGGUUUGCCGUGCGUCUGGAUGCCAUCUGUGCCGUCUUUGUCAUCGUCGUUGCCUUUGGGUCCCUGAUUCUGGCAAAAACGCUGGACGCUGGGCAGGUUGGCUUGGCCUUAUCCUAUGCCAUCACACUCACGGGGAUGUUCCAGUGGUCUGUGCGGCAGAGCGCCGAAGUGGAGAAUAUGAUGAUUUCUGUGGAGAGGGUGAUUGAAUACACAAACCUCGAGAAGGAGGCGGCUUGGGAGUACCAGAAGCGCCCACCCCCGGGCUGGCCCCACGAAGGAGUGAUUGUGUUCGACAACAUGAGCUAUACCUACAGCUUGGAUGGGCCUCUGGUCCUCAAGCACCUGACGGCCCUCAUCAAAUCCAGAGAGAAGGUUGGAAUCGUGGGAAGAACAGGAGCUGGAAAAAGUUCCCUCAUCUCGGCCCUUUUCAGACUGUCAGAACCCGAAGGGAAAAUUUGGAUUGAUAAGAUCUUGACAACUGAAAUUGGACUUCAUGAUUUAAGGAAGAAAAUGUCAAUCAUACCUCAGGAACCUGUUCUGUUCACUGGGACAAUGCGGAAGAACCUGGACCCCUUCAAUGAGCACACUGAUGAGGAGCUGUGGAACGCCUUAGAAGAGGUACAACUUAAAGAGGCCAUUGAAGACCUCCCUGGUAAAAUGGAUACUGAAUUAGCAGAAUCCGGAUCAAAUUUUAGUGUUGGACAGAGACAAUUAGUGUGCCUCGCGAGGGCGAUUCUGAAGAAAAAUCGGAUAUUGAUCAUCGAUGAAGCAACAGCAAAUGUGGAUCCGAGAACUGAUGAGCUAAUACAACAGAAGAUCCGGGAGAAGUUCGCCCAGUGCACUGUGCUUACCAUUGCUCACAGACUGAACACUAUCAUAGACAGUGACAAGAUAAUGGUUUUGGAUUCGGGAAGACUGAAAGAAUAUGAUGAGCCGUAUGUUCUGCUACAGAAUCCAGAGAGCCUCUUCUACAAGAUGGUUCAGCAACUGGGCAAGGGGGAAGCCGCUGCCCUCACCGAAACAGCAAAACAGGUGUACUUCAGAAGGAAUUAUCCAGACAUUGCAUUCACCAGCCCCGUGGCUACGAACACCUCCAAUGGACAGCCCUCGGCCUUAACAAUCUUUGAAACAGCGUUGUGACUGCCGGAAUGCGGAGCCUGUUCCGAAGGCCUUCCCCUGAUGGGGUUGCACUUUGUACACUACAGCACACUCCGUUUUCACUCUGCAGCAAACCCUUCACACGCAAGAUACUGGUGUCUGGAUUUCUCCCUCCACCUUUGUUCAGUGAUUUCAGGUUCUAACAAAACGGCCGAUUGUUUUAUUGAAAUGUUCCAGCUGCGCUCUUCAUAUCCGAUUCUGAGGUGCCCGCCACCGACAGCAGCCGUCUACCAGAUUUUGUGCCUUAAAAGACUCUAGGGCCGAAGCCCAUUUGUUCUGUAAGCUGUCGCAAGCAGUUCGUUUCUUUCCUGUUGCCUUUCAAAGUACACUUUUCCAGUUAUAUCAGGGACUCCAUUUACUUGAAGACUGUGUGAAGUUGCCAGUUUGCCCCCCACCUUCUUUGACAUAGAUAGCUAGGACCCGUUACCUCCCCUCAAAGGCCUCUGCCUAAAAUAGUACAAGUAAAAUGAACAAGAAUAAGAAAAACCAGAUCCUUCAAUGGCAUUGCAAUAGAGAGAGAGACUUUCCCUCCCCUCAUACAUACACAAACAUAUGUGGCUAAAGGAUGGGCGGACAUUUAUGUUGGAAAAAGUAAGAUUUUGCUUUCUCGGUGGGAGCCCUGCUAGGUGGUUUGGUGAAGGGAACAAAAACGUCCCUUCCGGUUUAAGUUAGCGUCUCAGGAUGAACUGCUCCUGUGAUGGACGCAACAUUGCGGUCCUUUUCCCGGAACAGUGGCUCUCAUCUGGCCUCUGUUGACAGAAGGUAAACCUCCAUGGGCCAUCAGCCUUCCGUGAAGUCCUUCCAAAUGGACAUGCAGAGGUCCUCACGGCGUGAAAACCCUGAAAGUUGCUGCAGGCCAUUGCUGUAACUGCGCUUCCCAUUCUCAGGACCCGUGCAGACACUUCACUUUCUAGAUAGAGCCCAUCCAAAUCAGUUUACUUCCGACCACUAAUGGCAGGUCUUGGGGACCUUCUGAUAGUCAAUCAACAACAACACUUCCUUGGACCUGCUGGACUCCACGUAACCACAGGUCUUAAAUUUUCCUGGAUGGUGGAAGCCAUGCAAUCUGUUGUGUUCAUGCUACUAAAGGCUUUACUGUCAUGAUUUAAAGUGAACCCUUCAUGAUCUGUCACAAUAAACCACCCUCGAGUUACGUAUGUUAAUAGAGACAUGCUCACAUAGGAUCAUGUGUGUAUAUGUCAAUCCAUAUAAAUACAUAUAUAUGUACAUAUAUGUGUAUCAGGUUUUUAGACUAGUUAACAGAACAAAGCCUGUUUUAUAAAAUGGAACCUCAAAAGCACAUACAUAGCAAAACACCAAACAUGGAGUGCAGUGGCUGUUUGAUUCUUGGUAUUCAGAAAAGUCUGUAAUUAGUGUAAUAAUGUCUAGUCCAAUAAGUGAUAUACAUCUGUUCGUUAGUAGUCAUGGCUACUAUUUCAGGAGCCUGGGAUGCAGCAAUGGCAAUAAUAAGGUCUGUUUGAAUAUUUAGAAAUGUUUUGAAUGUAUAUAUGUUUAUUUGGUCUUUAGAAAUUAAAGUCAGUCAUAUAAAUGUGUUUCUAUUUCAUUUCUGUUUUUACGCCAUCCCAGGACAAACCAAAUUCAACUGAAAUAAAUGGCAGUUUUCAUCUCCG